AUGCAAGAGGAUCCCGAAUUGCAAAUUACUCGUUUACAAACUGGGGAUGAAAUAUAUGAAAGGAGGGAGCCUUGUACGACGUACCAUAUUUACCCUGUGAAAGACAAAUGCCACAAACGCAUCACCGCCGCUGUAGAUAUCAAAAGAGAAAGCCCUCUAAGUCGCGAAGGACGCACAGCGCGCAAGGAGAGAAAGGCUCGUAGAGCGAAUGAGCAGCAUGAUGCCGGCACGGACGAAGCAUAUAAAAUAGAGAAAGACCAAGACGACAAGGAACAGGACGCUUUCUACCUCCACUCACCGUACCUCUCCUUCGCCAGUCCCCCGCAAGUCUUAUACAUCGGCAGCACCAACCACACGCCCUUCACUCCCGCCGUUCUGAUACAUCCCAGCUUCCUCUGGAAGAGGUAUAAACUGCAGUACGGCGAAUCCCUCGCUAAGACAGGCGUUCUCGACCCUCGCGGCGUGGUAUCCUGGACGCAUAACGGAGGCUCCAAAUCUGACCUCAAGCGCGUCCCCACAACUCUAAAGGGCUACAAAGUGCGCACGUGGCGGCUCUGGGGCGAGUGCGGAAAGAACUACGUUCAUGAGGUGAACUCGAAGCGCAAGUGUAGAACAGAAGACUGGCCGGAUCCGGACGUACUCGAGAUUGGGCCUGGAGCGACGGAGAAGCCGGUGCGGCCAGUGCAAGCAGAAGGUGUGCUGUACCUGGAGUGGGACAAGCCCUUCUCGAAGAGGACGCGGGAGUAUCGGUGGAGAUAUGGUGGGCUCGAGUUCCGCUGGAAAGGGACCGGUAGAACGGAGAAGACGGGGUUCUGGGGGUGGUUUGUGAAGAUUAAUCACUUGAAGCUAGUCGCAAUGAUACCAGAGAAAGGUAUGGAGGAAGACGCGCAGACGGAAGUGUGUCUUGCUAGAUACACAUGCUCUGUCUCGAAGAAAAAGAAUGGGCGGCUCGAGAUUCAUGACGAGCGCCUUCUGCGGUUGUACGAAGAACAUGUGCGAGAUCAGAAGAGGGUGUACCCUAUCGAGAGUGAGGAAACGAGGGUCAAGGCACUGAAGAUCACGAUGUUUUAUGCGCUGGUGAUUGCUACUGCGGUGUGCAUGGUCUCUUCUGAGAAGGCAAAGCGUGAGGCUGUCGGAAAGUGGAUAAAAGAAGCUGCUGAAAACGCAGGAGGUUGA